GUGUGAGGCAGACCGGAUUGGGGGAGGGGUUCAGGCCUGUCCUCCCCAGCGGCUGCGGCAGCACCAGCGCCGGCCGCCGCCGCCUCUGAAACGCGGAGGAGGAGGAGCGGCUGGAGGAGUAGGAGGAGGAGGUGGGCCCAAGCGAGCGGGAUGCCCAUCGCUCUAGCUUGGUGGUGAAUGCUGAGGAGAGUCACGGUUGCUGCAGUCUGUGCCACCGGGAGGAAGUUGUGGUUUGAGGCCGGGCGGGAGUCCGCGGCGCUGUGGAGAAUUCGAGCGCGGGGUCGGUGCGAAGACUCGGCUGCUGCCAGACCCUUUCCUACUCUGACCAUGCCUGGAAGGAACAAGGCGAAGUCUACCUGCAGCUGUCCUGACCUGCAGUCCAACGGACAGGAUUUGGGAGAGAGCGGCCGUGUUGCCCGUCUGGGAGCUGAUGAAUCUGAGGAAGAGGGACGAAGGGGGUCUGUUAGUAAUGCCGGAGACCCUGAGAUCGUCAAGUCUCCCAGCGACCCCAAGCAGUACCGGCUGCAGGGUCAAGAGAUCUUUAUGGAUGGGCUAAAUCUUUUUCUCAUCAAAGAUGUGUUUGCAUUAUAUUUUAUUAAAAGUGUUUCUUUAAAACUGACAGAAUAUCAACUUGCAAGACCUUCUGAUGCAAACAGAAAGGAAAUGUUGUUUGGAAGCCUUGCUAGACCUGGACAUCCUAUGGGGAAAUUUUUUUGGGGAAAUGCUGAGACACUGAAACAUGAGCCAAAAAGGAAUAAUAUUGAUACACAUGCUAGAUUGAGAGAAUUCUGGAUGCGUUACUAUUCUGCUCAUUACAUGACUUUAGUGGUUCAAUCCAAAGAAACACUGGAUACUUUGGAAAAGUGGGUGACUGAAAUCUUCUCUCAGAUACCAAACAAUGGGUUACCCAAACCAAACUUUGGCCAUUUAACGGAUCCAUUUGACACACCAGCAUUUAACAAACUUUAUAGAGUUGUUCCAAUCAGGAAAAUUCAUGCUCUGACCAUCACAUGGGCGCUUCCCCCUCAACAGCAACAUUACAGGGUGAAACCACUUCACUAUAUCUCUUGGCUGGUUGGACAUGAAGGCAAAGGCAGCAUUCUUUCUUACCUUAGAAAAAAGUGCUGGGCUCUUGCACUAUUUGGUGGAAAUGGUGAGACAGGAUUUGAGCAAAAUUCUACUUACUCAGUGUUCAGCAUUUCUAUUACAUUGACUGAUGAGGGUUAUGAACAUUUCUAUGAGGUUGCUCAUACUGUCUUCCAGUAUUUGAAAAUGCUGCAGAAGCUAGGCCCAGAAAAAAGAAUUUUUGAAGAGAUUCAGAAAAUUGAGGAUAAUGAAUUUCAUUACCAAGAACAGACAGAUCCAGUUGAGUAUGUGGAAAAUAUGUGUGAAAACAUGCAGCUGUACCCGCUACAGGACUUCCUCACUGGAGAUCAGCUUCUUUUUGAAUACAAGCCAGAAGUCAUUGCUGAAGCUCUUAAUCAGCUACUGCCACAAAAAGCAAAUCUUGUUCUACUGUCUGGUGCUAAUGAGGGAAAAUGUGACCUCAAGGAGAAAUGGUUUGGGACUCAGUAUAGUAUGGAAGAUGUUGAAAACUCGUGGGCUGACCUGUGGAAGUCUAAUUUCGACUUAAAUCCAGAUCUUCAUCUUCCAGCUGAAAACAAGUACAUAGCCACGGACUUCAUGUUGAAGGCUUUUGAUUGCCCUGAGACAGAAUACCCUGUUAAAAUUGUGAAUACUCUACAAGGUUGCCUGUGGUAUAAGAAAGACAACAAAUUCAAAAUUCCCAAAGCAUAUAUACGCUUCCAUCUGAUUUCACCUUUGAUACAGAAGUCUGCAGCAAAUGUGGUUCUCUUUGAUAUCUUUGUCAAUAUCCUUACCCAUAACCUUGCGGAACCAGCUUAUGAAGCAGAUGUGGCACAGCUAGAGUAUAAGUUGGUAGCUGGAGAACAUGGUUUAAUUAUUCGAGUGAAAGGAUUCAACCACAAACUACCUCUACUAUUUCAGCUCAUUAUUGACUACUUAGCGGAAUUCAGUUCCACACCAGCUGUUUUUACAAUGAUAACUGAGCAGUUGAAGAAGACCUACUUUAACAUCCUCAUCAAGCCUGAGACUCUGGCCAAAGAUGUACGGCUUUUAAUCCUGGAAUAUGCCCGUUGGUCUAUGAUUGACAAGUACCGGGCUUUGAUGGAUGGCCUUUCCCUUGAGUCUCUGCUGAGCUUUGUCAAGGAGUUCAAAUCCCAGCUCUUUGUUGAAGGCUUGGUACAAGGAAAUGUCACAAGCACAGAAUCAGUGGAUUUCCUGAAAUAUGUUGUUGAUAAGCUGAACUUCAUGCCUCUGGAGCAGGAGAUGCCUGUGCAGUUCCAGGUGGUAGAGCUGCCUAGUGGUCACCACCUGUGCAAAGUGAGAGCUCUGAACAAGGGUGAUGCCAACUCUGAAGUCACUGUGUACUAUCAGUCAGGUACCAGGAGUCUGAAAGAAUACACUCUUAUGGAGCUGCUUGUGAUGCACAUGGAAGAGCCUUGUUUUGACUUCCUUCGAACCAAGCAGACCCUUGGGUACCAUGUAUACCCUACCUGUAGGAACACAUCUGGGAUUCUAGGAUUUUCUGUCACUGUGGGGACUCAGGCAACUAAAUACAAUUCUGAAGUUGUUGAUAAGAAGAUAGAGGAGUUUCUUUCAAACUUUGAGGAGAAGAUCGAGAACCUCACUGAGGAUGCAUUCAACACCCAGGUCACAGCUCUGAUCAAGCUGAAGGAGUGUGAAGAUACCCACCUUGGGGAGGAGGUGGACAGGAACUGGAACGAAGUGGUGACACAGCAGUAUCUCUUUGAUCGCCUUGCCCAUGAGAUUGAAGCACUGAAGUCAUUCUCAAAGUCAGACCUAGUCAACUGGUUCAAGGCUCAUAGAGGACCAGGAAGUAAAAUGCUCAGCGUUCAUGUUGUUGGAUUUGGGAAGUAUGAGCUGGAAGAAGAUGGUUCCCCUUCUGGUGAAGAUUCAAACUCUUCUUGUGAAGUGAUGCAGCUAACCUACCUGCCAACCUCUCCUUUGCUGGUAGAGUCUACCAUCCCCAUUACUGACAUCAGGGCUUUCACAUCAACACUUAACCUUCUCCCCUACCAUAAAAUAGUCAAAUAAACUGCAGUCCCGUUGGCCUGAAGCAUUGUGUAUUUAAAAAUGUGUUUGUAUUUUAUGAAGUUAGUUAUACUAGUGCCAUUGAAAUUUUGCACUGCCAUCAUAGAAUUUUUCUCCUCCUACCCACCACAUUAUGACUAACAAACCAAGGGUUACUAUAGCAGCUGGCAGAGAGAAAGUAGCAGGGUGCACCAACUGUGACCAAAAUGCUUGCAGGAGCAAUAUGAGAAGCCCUGGUUCUCUCAGAUGGAGGAUCUAGGUCUGUAAGAGAACCUUGAGAGGCCCUAUGUAACCGAUGUCUUAGUGCCUAAAUGCUAGGUGCUAAUACCUGUGGUUUUUUGUGUUUUUUUUAAUGUAUUUUUAAAUAAAGAUAGUUCUGUAAUGCCCUUCAGAAUGAGCCAUUUUGCUGCUGUAGCAUUCUUUUGUUUCAGUGUGGGGUGGGGGGGAUCUAAUUAUUCUUCCCAAACCCUCUAAAACAAUAAAAUAUUUUUGU